CAUCAACGUAGCGAUACGGCGGCAGUCUAGCGCGAGCUCUUGCUCAGGAGACGCCCGUAGGAACCUUGCUCGUUUUCAGCGAACAAGGCAAAAUGCCCGCUCACCGUCAGCCUAACUCCUUAGUGGUGCUUAGUUUGGGACGUGUGUGCGAGCAACUCGACGGGACGUGCCGACGCUUGCAGUCGCUUUCGCAACGAUCCACCGCGACGCAAGCACUAGCCUUUGCAAAACGGCUGAUCAGACCGUACUAUGUGAACGCACUGCCGACUCGUUUGCGCUCCCGAGUGAUCGAGGAGACUUCAAGGAUGCUGUGCCUGCCGGUACCAUACGAGCCUCAUGUAGUUUCCGAACCCGCGAUACUAUUUCUACUGUCUCUCCUUCUUGAUCGUGACAUAAAACGACUGAAGGUCCAACUCUGCUGCUAUUACGGAUGCAGCUACCAAACGUCACUAUUGGAGUUACUCGCUUCGGAAGGAACUGGACUAGAGUCGUUGCACUUGUUUCGCUACUCCCUGCUUCGCAUGGACUGCAAUUUAUUGCGUACGGCAUUGUCGAACAUGAAAAACCUGACGACUUUGACACUUCGUAAUAUCGCCAAUGACGCUAUGCUUCGAGUUAUAGGCAAGACUUGUCCAAAGCUCGUGGUCCUGGACGUGGCUUGCUCGAGAGAAGUAACGGAUAUAGGAUUGAAGCAAUUGCUUCUGCACGUGGAGUUCAGAGAUAAGAUGCUCUCCGUGCCGGCACGAGAGUGCACCAGCUGGUCGCGACUCAAGAGACUACUCGCUACAUGGGGAAUAAACAACUCAAAAUCAGAGAAGAAGAAAAAACAAAAUAUACUGUUGGAGUAUUAUGAGAGCAAAAAUCCGCUGUGCCAUACGCUAAGAGUGCUGAACGUCGCCGAUACUUGUGUCACCGAGGCCGGUGUGUCGCUCGCUCUGUUAAAUAUUACACAACUCGAGUCCUUAGCGGAAUAUAAGUACAUAGGUCAUAUAGUGGAGACUGUAGACAUAGGUCGAUUGUCACUGAGUCUAACUGAAGCGAUCAGUUGCGAGACGACGCCCGUACAGCUAAAACUUUUAGCACAAUUGUGUCCAAAGAUAAGAAAGUUAUCUAUUGCCGAACCUUGGCAUUAUCCCGAGGCAUUGCGUGUCUUUCCUCACCUUACUUCGUUGAGCAUGCACAACAUAUCGGCGACGAAAGAAUGGUUAGAGAACUUGUACAAUUAUCUUCGAGUACAUGGUCAAAAUUUACGCGAACUUAGCCUUUGGAUAACGGCAGAGAAGGAAACGCCUUUGCAGAUGGACUUGAAGGAAAUUCUGAGCAGUUGUCCCAACUUACAUACUCUCGUCAACAAUGGGGCGAAAGUUACCUGGACAGAAGGACAUGAUCCUCCUCCUCUCAGGUAUUUGAGAAAAAUUGAACUCGGACACACAGUGGAUGCGUUAACAAUUACAAAAGUUUUCUCAUUGGUUCCGGAACUAACAGUGCUGCACGUUCACAGUUGUUUCGAUUUAACGAACCAACACUUUGCAAAAUUAUUAGGGUCGCCUAUCAAGUCCAAUAACAAUGAAAAAUCAAACGACGGCACUUUGUCAAAUUUGACGUGUUUCUAUAUUCACGAGGCGAGCAAAGUAUCAGCGAUCACUGUGCUAAAUAUGAUCAACAGCUACAAACGACUGAGGCAGAUCGGCAACUUGGCAAAUUGGGUUUUGGAUUAUGAGAGUGUUGUAAUAACUAUUGCACGUGCAAACUUGAACGUGGAUUUGUGUUCCGACCCACAUUGGAACUGGAAUAACUGUAUCCAAAUGACAUAACAAUCUGACUCUUCAUCGUCGAAAUAAUCGCGUCCUAAUACUCAUAGAUCGUGACACAAUUGAGAUUAGUUAUAUUCCCAUAUCGACUUGAUAUAAUAAUUGAUUAUAAUCAAUUGUAAACGAGUCCAGCUCGCAAUAUUCGAUUUCAUCGAAGUUAAAGAAGCACUGUUCUCUGUCAGAUCGUCUUUUUCUUUCUACGUAAGACAGUGGAACAAUGUAGACACUUGCAAGUUCCCAAGAUUGUUUUUCAUGUUACUGUUAACAAACGUAACGAGUUCAAACUUGGCCAAGUGGUUAGUCUCGCGCUACGUCACGUGCACGUAUUAUCGCGACGCUCGUCAGAUCAAUCAGUGGUAUAAUUGCUUCCGAUUUUUUGUAAGAAAUAAUUAAUAUGGCCUUGAAAAAGACUCACCUCUACU